CGAGCGUCUCGCGAGAGUCGCGCCCCGCCCGCCUGCCGCCAUCUUGGUUCCCACCGCGGGGCCGGAGCUGCCGGAGCUUCCAGGCGCAAUGUUUUUAACGACAGUAUUACUCCGAAAGAGAAUUCCUGGACACCAAUGGAUUGGGAAGUACAGGCGACCAAGACCGGUUACCCUUUCAAUGAUGCAAGCAAUGGUCCGAAGACUGGAAAUUGAAGCAGAGAAUGAAUAUUGGCUGAGCCGGCCUUACCUGACCCGGGAGCAGGAGUACAAACACAACACGGAACACAGACGUGCCAAGUGGGAAGCUUUCAAACGCCUGAAACAAGCCAAGUUUCCUGAGCACAGAUACAUCAGUGAUCAUUUAAACCACUUGAAUGUGACAAAAAAGUGGACAUGCUGAAUAACACAGCAUAUUUAUAUUUGGCAUGUCAUACACUGCCACGGGAUCUGCCCUUGUACCUAUUAUGGUGGGUUUGUAAUUCAGUGUAAUUAGGGUGGAUGAGAAGUAAGACUUUGCUACGAUGUACAGAAUGUUUCAUUAAAAGUAGUCCUGUGGAACACUGUA